UCGCUCGGAAUGAUUGCUAAAACCGGCUUUCUGCCAGCCCUCUGCAGAAGCCCGUCCUCUGAUCCUCAGGGCCAGGGAAGUGAAGGUGUGUUUGAAGGAUGCCGAGUGGGUCGCAGGUGCGAGGCGCAGAGAAGACACGAGCGGGGCCUCCGUGCGUGGUCCCGGGUUCUGUGCGGGGAAGCCGAGGCAGACGACGGGGUCACGGUGAGAACUGCAGCCUGUUCGGAGGCCUUGCCGUGGGGAGGGCGGGGGGCCGGGAUCUAAUGCUGUCCGUAGUCACUCUCAGAGCAACGCUACCCAGAGGGUUUAGCCAACCAGUUACUUUCCUGGUCUUGCUAUUACGCUGCGGUUCUGUAAGACGUUAAUGCUAACGGAACCUGGGUGAACGGUGUAGGGAGUUCUCUGCGCCGUUUGGGGAAGUUUCCUUUAAUUCAAAACUAUUUCAAAAUAAUGCAUUUUUUAAAAGGUAAGAUUUUUACAGAGGGGGGGGAAAUAGAGGUUUAGAGAGAUUAAGUCACGACACGUAAGAGAACAGCACAAGAUUCAAGCGUGGGUCUUCGGGAAUCCACAGCCCUUGUCCUUCACCGCAGCCCACCGUGCUGACGAAGCGGUGGUGCACAUUUAAACAGAUAGGCCCUGCUUAAGUCUGCUAUUACAUGGAAGACUGAAACCAUCUACACCCACACAGCCUCCUACCUACCUAGGUUAAGGUGACUUAGCUAUUCAUUUGUCUACACUAGGUAUGACAUUAUUCCACUAUCUUUAUCAACAUGACAUUGGUAUUCUAGGAAAUUCUUGCCCCAGAAGAUCAAGUUGCAAAUAAUCAUAUUUGUUUCGAGAAAUUACCCCUCAAAAAAUCCACUUGAAUGAAUAUCAGACUCCCAAAUUUAAGUGGAUAGGAUCCAGAAACUCUCAGCUGAAAACCUUCACCUUGUGUCCAUCAGUUCUAAACUAUUGUGUCAUGAUCCUUCCCCAAUCCUUAUUCUGCUUUGAAAGAUCUGCCUUAAACUCCAAAACCUCAUAAAUAUCCUGACUGCCUUCCUCCCUGGGAGAUACUACUUAGACUCUCAAGGUAGUGCUAGCAUUCAUAAGAAUAAAUUCACCUUAGCCUAAUCAGUGGAUUGUUUUGCUAUUAUUUUUGGAAAGCAGGGGUCCAACAAUAUUCUCGGCAUUAUGAAAAAUGCUCUUUCUUGACAUUCCUUCUACUUAGAAAACGGCUUGAAUGACCUUAAGCACAUUUUUUAAAUUUUCUUUAAAUUUGGGUGAAGCUUUCUUGCUCUUCUGAAACACAAGCAUUAGACUUAGUGAGUUCAAGUAUUUAAUCAGCCUGUGUGUAUGUGUGUGUGUUUCUGUCUUUAACUGUGGUUUCUGUAACCUUAGGAGUGUGCCCUGAAAGAUAACACUUGUUCUUGUCCUCUCUGACCAUUGGAGCUGGAAUGGCUGCAGUGUUCCUUCCUCCGGCUCAUGAAGAGCCAGAGGGGCUCUUCAAGGUAAACAAAAAAGAAGAUCCUGCCGAGGUUCAGGGAUCUGGCCCACAGGGCAGCAGCCCAAACAGCCAGGAGUUAUUCCGCCAGCGCUUCCGACAGUUCUGCUAUAAGGAGACUCCUGGACCCCGUGAGGCCUUGAGCCAACUCUGGGUGUUCUGCUGUGAGUGGUUAAGGCCUGAGAUACACAGCAAGGAGCAGAUGCUGGACCUGCUGGUGCUGGAGCAGUUCCUCACCAUCUUGCCCGAGGAGCUCCAGGCCUGGGUCCAAGAGCAUCACCCGGAGAGCGGGGAGGAGGCCGUGGCUAUGCUGGAAGAUCUGGAGAAGGAAUUGGAUGAACCAGGCCAACAGGUUUCAACCCAGACCUGUGCACAGGAACUGUUCUCUGGGACAUCAGCACCUCUGGAUCCAGCUAAGGAAGCAACAUAUCUCCAGCCUCAACCCAUGGAGAUCCAGGACCCUCAACACCAACAGGAUUGUGAUGAUGUGAUCGGAAUUGAGAAAGAAGAACUGAUUCAAAAGCAGAAAUUUACUAUAGAUAUGGAGUCUCCCAAAAAGUCUUCUGGCCAAAUGAAUGGAAAAGCCCCUGAAUGUGGAGAAACCCAAGAACAUGAAGGAGGGACAAAAAGAUAUCAGAGAAACACUUCAGCUGAGAGAAUAUAUAAGUGUGAUGAAUGUGGGAGAAGAUUCACUCAAAACUCAAGCCUCAUUAGACAUAAAAGAAUCCACACUGGAGAAAGACCCUAUUCAUGUAACGUGUGUGGCAAAACUUUCAUCCAGAGCUCACAGCUUAUUGACCAUCAGAGACUACAUACGGUACCCUAUCAGUGUGAUGAGUGUGGAAAAGCCUUUUAUUACAGUUCACACCUUGUUCAGCAUCAGAGGACCCACACUGGAGAAAAACCAUUCCAAUGCAAUGAGUGUGGGAAAGCUUUUCACUACAGCUCAGGCCUUGUCCGACACCAAAGGACCCACACAGGAGAGAAGCCGUACCAGUGUGGUGACUGUGGGAAGGCUUUCUGUCUGAGCUCACAUCUGAUUCAGCAUCAGAGAGUCCAUACCGGAGAGAAGCCAUACCAGUGCAGUGAGUGUGGGAAAAGCUUCAGCCAAAGCUCGGGCCUCUUCCAUCACCAGAGAAUCCACAGUGGGGAGAAACCCUACGAGUGUGACAAGUGUGGGAAGGCCUUCAGUCACAGCUCGGCUCUGGUGGGACACCUGCGCAUCCACAGCGGAGAGAGGCCUUAUGAGUGCGACGUGUGCGGGAAAGCUUUCAGUUACAGCUCACAUCUUCUGGGACACCGAAGAAUCCACACUGGAGAGAAGCCCUAUGAGUGUGACGUUUGCGGGAAAGCUUUCCAGCGGAGCUCACACCUCAUUGUACAUCAGCGAGUCCAUGCUGGAGAGAAGCCCUAGUGAUUGUCGGUACUGACCAGCAAUUCCGCAGAAGGCCAGAAAGGCACAGCCAGCAGAGGACACCACCGUGACAGUGGUGUGGGGAAUUCUGUGAUCACCACUGCACUUUUCACGGUCAUUAGAAAAGACUUCUAGAGGCUGAGACAGGUUAUCACCUGACAGCUUAUCAAACAAGCACAUCCUUCCACAUCUUAAACAUCCUUCUCUGAAGCAGUGGCUCGGGAAGCCUCAGUGAUCCACGAGAUAUGUAUCCGCAGUCGUAGAGAUGGCAGCGGUCUUGGAGACGGCUGUGUUCCUCUCCCUUCCCUUCUUCCCCCUAUUUUCUUGGGAGUUAGAGUAAUGAUCUUGCGUGAGGUGUGAAUUUAGAGUUAACAUCUCAUCUGCACUUUAAAAAUCCUGAAUUUUAGAUCAGCUUGAUAAAAAGCAGCCUAUCAAUUAUCUACACUGAAAACAUUGUGCACACAAAACCCGCUCUGUAAUCUGGGAUGAACGACUCGUGUAGAUGGGGAAGUUCAGUGGGGCAAGAGGAUGGACGACGCACGUUCCAGUGUGACCUUUCACAUCUUCCACCAGAGGUGCCAAACAGGCCAGUGGGCUGUAUUUGGGAAAAAUCAUGUGUCUUUUUCCCACAUGGUAUUUUUUUUCAAUAAUAUAUAAAAUUAUUUCAAUUUU